GAGUGGGCGCAGUCAUGGCUGAGGUAGCGAGCUCGGGGGAGCCGGUGGAAAGUGGCUCUCCGCCGCCGCUAGCUCCCGUCGUUGCCCUCGCCCGGCGGGGAGCGCUCCGCCAGAAAAACGUCCACCAGGUGAAGGAGCACAAGUUUAUCGCCCGGUUCUUCAGGCAGCCGACCUUCUGUAGUCACUGCACCGACUUCAUCUGGGGUCUAGGUAAACAAGGAUUCCAGUGUCAAGUCUGUUCCUUUGUCGUGCACAAGCGAUGCCAUGAAUUUGUGACCUUCGCCUGCCCCGGAGUCGAUAAGGGUGCAAACUCAGAGGAUCCCCGGAAUAAACACAAGUUUAAAGUUCAUACGUACAGCAGCCCCACCUUCUGCGACCACUGCGGCUCACUGCUGUACGGGCUGGUGCACCAGGGAAUGAAGUGUAACAACUGUGCGAUGUAAUCCCCCCAUUCGUUUCAGCCUGUGAGAUGUAAUCCC